AUGGGUUGUCUCGUGUCGACAUUAGACCACGGAGGAACAAGCGCAACGAUUACUGAUAGCGGCGCCAGCAAGAGCGGCUCCAACAGCCAUAAUAUAUCCUCGUUCCAAACCGGGACCUCUCAAAUCUCCGACAAAUUUGUGUCGGCUGACAGUUCAGGCACGAACCUAAGUGCCAGCGACAGUGCGAGCGCCAUUCCCAACCCUGCGAACCUCGUCCCGAGCUCCCUGCGACAGUUUUCGUUCGCCGGACUCGAGUCUGCGACGAGCAAGUUCCAUCGGCGAAACUGCAUCGGCGAAGGCGGGUUCGGGAUCGUGUAUCGGGGGGUGCUUCAACCGGGGCCGAAUGGGCUUGGCCCGGAGCCGACGGAGGUGGCGAUUAAGAGAAUGCGCGAGGCGAGCGAUCGGUACACGGAAGAGUUUCUGAAAGAAGUGAUCGUGCUGGGGCGGCUAUCUCAUCCCCAUCUCGUGCGUCUGCACGGCUACUGCAUGGAGCGAGACGAGGCUCUGCUCGUGUACGAGUUCAUGACUGGAGGCUGCCUGCACCGCGCUCUAGUGGACAGUGCGAGCGGAGAGCUCUUUUUCAGCUGGAACAUGCGUUUGAAGGUGGCGGUACAGGUGGCAGAGGCUCUCGCGUACAUGCACGGACUCAACUUCAUUCACCGCGACUUGAAAGCCGCCAACGUGCUGCUCUCGCCUGAGUACGAUGCAAAGCUGACAGACUUUGGGAUGGUGCGAGUGGGGCCGGAGGGACAGCUGGAGUCGAUUGUUUCGACUCGCAUCAUGGGCACUGAGGGGUACAUCGACCCCACUUACAUGGAGACAGGUCACCUGGGAGCCAAGAGUGACGUCUACUCCUUUGGUGUGCUCCUGCUAGAGCUGGUAACCGGCAGGAGAGUGGUGGACGAGGGAAGCAAGAUGGUCACCGAGUGCAGAUCUCGCCUCUCGGAUCUCUCACUUAUAGCCGCAGAAUAUGUCGAUCCCCAUCUUGGUAACCAGUACCCGGAGCUGGGCGCCCGAACCUUGGCGACUCUGGCUCGGCACUGUGUGGCAGAGGCUCGGUCGAGCCGGCCGGACAUUGGGAGUGUAUUGGAAAAGCUUAAGUUAUUGGUUAAGGCGUGUGCAAAUGCUGAAGCGAAAGAGGCAGCUAAAGCUGCAGCGUUGGAGGCAGGGGAAUCAGGGUCGGCUGAAAGGGGGAUACGGAGGUGA